AUGACCCCACCAAUCCACAUGAACGGUCAAACUGCAAUUACUUCUAGGCCUGUCAUGGCACCUUACGUACCGUACGAACAAUGGAGUUCCAAUAUGUACAACAAUUAUGAGGUAAUGGUCAAGUUCAUGCAAUCGCUUGAUGAAUUCGAAAGAAAUUUUUAUAAGGUUACUUUUAGAAAAUUGUCAUCAAUAAGUUCAGCGGGCCGAAGAGAGAACGGGAUAAGUUUCGUCCAAUCAGGAUUAUUUCUGCAGUUAGCUUUGUUGGCGUUGUCUUCUGAAGUUGACAAUGACAUGGAUAAUCAGAUUGAAGAGUGCAUUAAUCUUCACCUCACCCAUAUGGAGAAAAUUUACGUACUAAAGGAAAUCGUUUCAUCACUACCCAAGUCUGAUGACGCGCUCAAAUUUCGUUUAUCGUCUCGGCUUAUUUUGGGUGAUAGUCAGCAAAUAAAGCCGGUUUUCCAGCAUGGCAUGGCGACCGUUUUACAACUACACAUCGAUCGUAUCAACACGACCGACUCUGCUCAAGAAUUGACCGCAGCCCUCAAUAAAAUGAUUGAAACAGACUCUGGCGGAGCGAUGCGUGAUACUUUCGAAGAGGAUGAACUUUCUGAUGGCCUCUGUGCAAUACUGCUCGAGACCAUGUACGUCCGUCCGCGCUGGCGCUCCGCCCCGACAGUGCUCAACGGUACCCACGCCUUCCUUGACGCGGACGACGCCCCGCCAAGGCUCACACGAAUGAUACGGAUUAAUGACAUUAUGCGGUAUACUGAACUGAACGAAUGGGACGCCGAAGUGAGUACGGGAGCUUUUCAUGUAGCA